AUGAGAAGUCAUCGAAAACAAUCUUCUUCCCCUUUGUUCAUCUUUCUGCUCUUCCUAUUCCUCAUCCCCUUCUCAUUUUCUACACCAAAACUCCAACCCGUAAAACCUAAACCAUACAAGAAAAGAAACCAACCAGUCUCAGCUAUUCUUGUGUUUGGAGAUUCAACCGUGGAUCCAGGCAAUAACAACUACAUUGAAACAAUAUUCAGAUGCAAUUUUCCUCCCUAUGGCCUCGAUUUCAAAAACAACAUUCCCACUGGUAGAUUUUGCAACGGCCGACUUGUGACAGAUUUUAUUGGUUCAUAUAUUGGAGUGAAGGAGAAUGUGCCACCAUAUUUGGAUCCAAAUCUUGGAAUAGAAGAGUUGAUGAGUGGGGUUAGCUUUGCUUCAGCUGGUUCUGGAUUUGAUCCUCUCACUCCAACUAUUGGUAACGUGAUAGACCUUCCAACCCAGCUAGAGAAUUUCAGAGAAUACAAGAGAAAAUUGGAAGCUAAAAUGGGAAAACAACAAAUGGAAAAACACAUAGGAGAUGCGGUGUUUUGUGUAAGUGCAGGGACCAACGAUUUUAUCAUUAAUUAUUUAAUGAUUCCCAUACGAAGAAAGACUUUCACUAUCGAAGCUUAUCAGCAGUUCGUUAUUUACAAUCUCAAGCAAUUCAUCCAGGGUUUAUGGCAAGAAGGAGCCAAGAAAAUUACGGUGGCAGGUUUGCCACCAAUUGGAUGUUUACCAGUUGCGAUAACUUUAUUCUCCGACGAAGCUUUGACAAACCGUCGUUGCAUUGACCGUUUUUCCACCGUGGCCAUAAACUACAAUCUCUACUUACAAAAGGAACUGAGCCUCAUGCAAAUGAGUUUGGCCCAUCUUGGGUCCAAAAUCUUUUACUUCGACGUCUAUAACCCAGUCUAUGAGAUCAUUCAUGACCAUCAAAAAUUCGGGUUUGAAGAAGUGAGCAGUGGAUGUUGUGGAAGUGGAUACUUAGAGGCAUCGAUCUUGUGUAAUCCAGAGUCAUAUGUGUGUCCUAAUACUUCUGCUUAUGUCUUUUUUGAUUCCGUCCAUCCAAGUGAGAAGACUUAUUUCCUUCUCUUUAAGUCUCUCCGACCAAUGAUUGAUUCCUUCCUCGGUAGUGUCUGA